CUGCGCACGUACACACUCUGUAUCCAUCCUCUCAGCUGGUCGCUGGAUUUCCCCACCAGCUCUGAGCCGCACCAUCGGCAACGUAAGGGACGAACCACAACCUGCCAACGGGCAGACAUGUAGGUAUAUAAUGAGCUCGAGUUCUCGGCCCGUCGCCUGGGGUCUCCCCCCCAAGCGGGUAGACAGUUUCCUGAAUCGUUGAGCUUUGCCCGCCCUCUCGCAUCGCCAUGGCCGAAGUUACGAACCCUCCCUCGCGCCCUCUAGGGAGGUCCGUUUUUGUCACCGGCGCUAAUGGAUACCUCGGCUCCGCCGUGUGCCGGGCUUUUGUCCGCGCCGGAUGGCGCACGUAUGGUCUGGUGCGUCGCCCCGAGUCGGCCAGCGCCCUUGCCAUUGAGGAGAUCGUCCCCAUCGUAGGCUCUAUCGCCCACAACGCCACCUUCCUGGAGGAUCUAUACAAGCAUACCAAGACCAUCGACGUCAUCGUCUCCUGUACAGAGCAGAUUCCCUUCGGCACGCACUAUCAGGCCCUGAUCGGCCUGCUGCGCAAGCUGGCCGAGACUUCGAACCGGAAUGGCGUCCGGCCGCUGGUCCUGAUCAGCUCUGGCGUCAAGGAUUACGCCGUGACCGGCGUACAUGGCUCUCCAGGUCUCGCGCCCCUCACCGAGGACUCUCCGCUAGAUGGCAUGGACCUCGUGCAGGAACGCGCUACCUCUUGCCUCGACAUAUUCAAUCAUACAGACUUGUUCGACGGGGUAGUCUUGCGGCCUACCCCGCUAUUUGGUUACGGUGGGAGCUACUAUGGCGUCACACUUGAGCUGGCGGCGGCGGCGGCGGGGUCUCCCGAGCGCAUCCUACGGAUACCCGCAGAUUUCAACGUCAUCCUACACGGCUGCCAUGUAGAUGACUGUGCUGAGGCGUACCUGUCCCUAGCCGAACAUCCGGCUCGAGACGCCGUCUCGGGGCAGUCGUUCAACGUCUCGGGGUAUCGCUACGAGACGCUGGGAGACCUCGCCGAGGCGAUAACCUCCGAGUACGACUUGCAGGGUGUUGUGCCAAUUUCUAAAGACGAGGAUGCGGUGCCGGGCUCCGAGAUCUUGUUUGGCGUGAGCCAAUGGGUUGAUAGCACCAAGAUCCGGCAGCUGACAGGGUGGUCCGACAAGAGGAUGUUGAUGACGGAGAACCUACAUGCAUAUCGCGUGGCUUACGAAGACGCAGCGAAGAGGGGCGAUGAAGGCGUCCAAAGGAUCAAGGAACGAGUCGAGUUGAUCUUUGCGCCCGUCAGGAAAUAGAGUAUGGGGCAACACCGACUUUGGAUAUACGUAUACAUACCUACUACAACUUCAUCAUCUUCACCCUCGACUAAGCAGUUCGAGUUGGAACUACAAAAUAGAUGAUUGCCGCUCUUAGAUGCUAGCAACUGAAUGCCGACCGUGAAGCCAAGGUGCGGCUUACGGUGGCAAAGGACACGCGUGGGCCAAGUUAAUCAUAAUUCCUAACGUCCUGUGACGGCUUGGCAACCUCUUCAUCUCUCCUUUCUCUGAUUUGCCUAACGGCUCUGUAUCCACAACCGACUAGAAAUCAACAGAGACGAAGGUGUUAUCUAGAAACCAUCGACCUGCGGUGGCAAUAGAUAAGCGAUCUGUGACACAUACUCUUGGAGAGUUGUUCCGCUAGUCAGCCUAAAAUUAAGGCGCUCAUGGUCGUGAUCUAAUCAUCAAAAUGCCGUAGGAGACGGC